GUCUGCUACUUAAAAUGGCUGCGCCCAUGGGAAGGCAAUUUCAAAUGAGGAAUUGAUAAGCCAUGAUGAUGAUCACUGUAGCACGACUUCCAUCCUUGGUGUUGUCUCCGUCAACAAGGGUGUUAACAAGGUGCCUCGCCUUGCUGCGUUACAAGAAACCUAAAAGACUCCAGUAUCUUUGUUCAGGCCAGGGAACUAGCUAUAAAGAAUGGCUGCCUUUUAAAGGUAGUAAGACCAUUUCUUUGAAGUUUAGGGAUACAAAGUUAUUCAAACAUGGGUGUAGUUUUCAAAGGCAAUGUGCACUGUCUUUUAGUGCUUGCUAUUCAACAACUUCAUUGCAACCACAAUUUACUGUUAAAAACCCAACAUUCAAGGCCUACAUUGAAAGCCUGCUGACAGAGUGUGGAGAGCUGCAAUCUGCCCAGGAGUCUGGGUUUUUGAAGCAUCAUGACCAUCACAGGCUCAGUGUGUUGGAGAUGAUAGGGAACUGUUACAGUGAAAUUACAACAAAGUUGGAAGAAAUAAAGGAACUGGAUGAAAUGGGGAAAGACAAAUCAUUGGAAGCUAUGGUUAAGGAAGAAAUGAAGGUGUGCCAAGAAACCUUACAAGAACUGGAAGAAAAGCUUGUCGAACUGGUGACGCCCAGUGAGGACCGUAGCAAUGAUGACAGCGACGUGUUCCUGGAGGUUGAGUGUGGAGCUGGGGGCGUGGAGUCAAUGCUGUUUGCCACUGAGAUUCUCAACAUGUACCAGCAGUAUGCUGACUUUAGGGGCUGGAGUUUCCAGGUUGUUUCUAUGGACAGGAACAGUAGCCAUGGAGGUAUAAGAAAGGCGUGUGUGUCUGUGAGUGGACAGGGAGUGUACAGAAGUAUUAAGUAUGAGGGCGGAGUCCACCGUGUGAAACGAGUACCCGUCACAGAGUCUGGUGGGCGCAUACACACCAGCACCAUCACCAUUGCCAUUCUCCUCCAGCCGUCUGAGGUGGAGCUGGAGCUGAAGCCAAGUGACCUCCAGAUUGAUACAUGCAGGUCAAGUGGGCCGGGAGGUCAGAACGCACAGAAAACUGACAGCGCAGUCCGCAUUAAACAUCUGCCUACAGGUGUUGUUGCCGAGUGUGAAAUUGCCAGAUCACAGAUAGAAAACAAAAAAAUGGCUAUGACGAUGCUAAGAUCAAGAAUAUUGGAGAAGGAGAUUGCAUCCCAAACAUCACAGACGGUGAGCCAGAGGCGCAUCCAAGUGGGGGGAAAGAACCGCUCUGAGCGCAUACGGACAUACACCUUUAACCAUGAUACAGUCACAGAUCACCGCCUCAACAAACACGUGAAGAAUGUGGAUGAUUUCCUUACUGGUGGGGAGGCCUUGCAUGAGGUUGUAGAGGAUUUACAACAGGAGGCCCUCAUGGAGGCACUGACGCUUGUGUUAAAGGAGUUUGAAAUGAAACAUUUAAGACAGUCUAGUGUUAAGGAAGUGAACAGAUAGUGAUUUUAUAAAUUUUAACAUAUUUAUUGUUACUGUAGAAUUGUUUCAUGUACUGUGAACUUAAUUUUGAUAUUAAAUGUUAUUAUGUAUAAGACUUUUAUUUAGUGUUGACAUUUGCAAUAGAAUUACAUGAUCAUCUUGGACUCAUAAUUAUUUAGAUAUUAAAAUUUUAAAUUUAAAUAAUAGUAUUAUUAAUAAUAACGAAAAAUGAGCUGCAAAAUUGCAAAAUAUUGUAUUGCUAAGACUUCUUGGGUUUAUAUGAUAUAAAUUUCACAAGUUUGAGCGACAAUAUUAAAUCUAGAAUCUAAAAAAAACUAGAUCAUCAGGCCCCAAUAUCUCACAACUUAAGUCUGUUAUAACAAGGUUAUGCUAAGCUCACUAUUAUUGUUUUCUUUAAAUCACGAUAUAAUUACUUCUUUGAGAGGUUUUAGACUUUAAAUAGAAAUUAUCCUUCUGAUUAUCACAAUAAACCAUGUUCCAUUCAUCAAAAUCAUAUUUAAGUUUGUAUUUUGGCCAAUUAAAUAAGCUCAAAUCAAUCAAAUGAAAUCAAGCCUUAAGCCUGUAUAACUUUUGAGAAAUUGGGGCCUGGGGUGUGAAAAUAUUUGAUUAAACACAACACAGUGAUUUUUAAGAAUUAAAAUCAUUUCAGUUUGUCCUUAUUUUAAAUCUUUUAAAUUUAAUAUAGUAAUGUUUUGAGGUAACUCAUAAACAUUCCUAGUAGUUACUAGUUGCUCUUAGUGGCUUUUAGUGGGUGAAAUUUGAAAAUGUCACUAAUACCAAACAUUAUCUAAUUAUCUAGUUCUAAUUUUUUCAGUGAAAAUUACAAAUACUUGGAGGCAAUGUGCUAUUUAGAGUUCUGUCAAUAGGUUCAAAGUCAGUGUCACUGUGACCAAAAUGUACAUGUGUAAUUUGGAACAAUAACCACCAGAAUCUAACAUUCUGUCACCAAUUUCUUGAAACUUCUUAAGUCCUUUAUAACAGCAUUAAGCUAAGAUCACGAUUUUGUUUUCCAAUAAUUUGCGUAGUAUUUACUCCUUUAAGAUUUUUUAUACUUUAGAUAGGAAUUAUCUUUGUGAUAAUCACAAUAAACCAUUUUCAUUUAUCAAAAUUCAAUUUUACUGUAUAAUUUGGUUAAUUGAAUUAAGCUACUUAAGCCUGUUAAGCUUAAGAAGUUUCAAGAAAUUGGGGCGGUCAAGGUUGAUGUAGGUAGAUUAUUUUCAGAUAUUAAAAUUAUUUUCUCUUUAGACCACUUUUAUUUCUCCGUUAUAAUGGACAUCAGUUUGAGACAGUUCCGUUUGCCCUUUCAACAUUGAUAAACAUUAUUAUUUUGUAAAAUGUACAUGCAAUUAUAAUAUACUAUUUUGACUAUA